AUGCAUUUCCUUCUCCUCAAUCCGAGCAACCCAUACGAGCAAGAUGUGCUUUCACCGAUCGGCCAAGGGUAUCAUGGGGUUAGCAGCGGUCAGGCUCCACAGCAAGCGAUCUACAAUAGCGCUGAAUACCAGUAUCCCAACGUCGGCUAUGAUCCGGAUAUUGUGCAAUACCACCCGCAGCGUCAUGCCAGUGACACGCACCAAAUUUACUACUCUACUCCUCCGCUUACUUUUGACUUCGCAACCAUCUUCGAGCCCACCCAAACACCUUCUGUAGCAGCCGGUCCGUCCCCAUCGGCUGAGUGCCGUUGGGGCUCUCCAUGUAGUGUCAGACUCACCGAUCUCUCUGCUGCCGGUAUCGCAUGGCAUCUGAAGCAGUAUCACUUCGACAACGAAUUUAAUGCGUGGCAUGACCGGCGCCGCGGCGUCUGCAUGUGGUUGAAGGACAACGGGUCGUGUAGCACGGAGUUGCUGUACGAAGGCUUCGGUAAACACGUCGCGUCGGUGCACCUCAAGAGCAUUGCACGCACCUGUCCACAGUGCGGCCGCAAAUAUUCGAGAAUUGAUGCGUUGCAAAGGCACAUGCGCGAGUCGUGUCUGGAAGCUAUGCCUAGCGCAUGA